CCGCCCUCUUCCUUCCUUCCUUCCUUCCCUACGUAAUCCUCCUCAACAACUCCAACCCCUCCCCCUCCCCCUCCUCUAUAUAUACCCACAUAUACAUACACAUCAUCUCCAUCUUUGUGAUACUUAUAAUUUCCUCUGCUUUUACUCUUUAUCCUUUUGAUUUUAUCUCCACCCACUCCAUCAACAUGAGCAACUACACCCAAAAUCAAGCUGCAUAUCCACCUCCGGCCACCGGGUACCCGGCGGAGCCACAGGGCGGGUACAUGGCGCCACCGCCGCCGGCUGGUUAUCCAGUGAAAGACGGGCAACAGGGUCUGGAUCAGGCUCCAGCAGCCACCACUCAGUCUAGAGGCGACGGCUUCUGGAAGGGAUGUUGUGCUGCUCUCUGUUGCUGCUGUGUGUUGGACGCUUGUUUCUGAGGAUUCUGAAAUGUUUUUCUUUAUGUAAUUUGAAUUCAUUUGACUUUUCGAUUUCUAUGUAUAUGUUGGAUUUGUUACAGAUUUGUGGUAUUUUACAACACUCUUUUGUGUAUUUUUUAGAGUUGUUUACUGAUUUUUGCUAUUGUUCUUUACAUGUACUCUAAUUUUAAUAUAUAUGUUCAGAGGUCUUCAGGAUUUUCAUUUUAUU